UGUUAUUACUGGGAAGUGGGAAGAGGUAGAAAACUGGGUAGGUUACACCACCACCACCACCGCUACGUCGAGAAGCAUAAGAUCCUUCCUCUUGCUGUCACUCCAUGGCAACCACCUCCAGGGUAUCGUCGAAAUCGUCUUCUUCAUCCAAGAGAUGGACGAAGAAUAUUUCGUCAAUAGCUGCUCGUAUCUUCUUCGUCCUCAUCAUCUUUCAGAUCCCUCUUUUCAGGGUGACUUGCAGAUCUGGCAUGUGUACAACCCCUUUGCAUGUCACAUCAUCACAGUUAAUUGCAAGUGAGAUCAUUCCUGUUUCAGUUGUCAAGGGCCUUCUGUACCCAGGGGCUGCGGUAAACAGCCUCAUCCACAACCGGACUGUUCCAAGUUGGAAUAAUUUGUUGGACUUGUAUAACUUAACCAAUGUAAAGGAAGCUUCUGCAGUACAUGAUCUUCAACGCUUGGAGGUUCUUGCGGGAAGCUACUUCUCAGUGGCAGGAGCACUUAUGGGUCUUCUAAAACCUGGGAGAAUGAGUAUGUUUGGGACACUUCUUGUAAUUUGGGGACUGGUCAAAGAAGGGAUUUUAGGAAAGCCAGUUAAUUCUGAUCCUUCAAAAGCUGUAUACGUCUACCCAACAAUGGUGAUCGCCUUGAUAUGUGCCUUAUCUUCCGUGAAGUAUGAUGUGAAAAAAGUUGUUAGGUCAGCCCCUGUCCGGUCAACUGCUAAACCUCUUCAGAGCUCGUCUAAGUCUAAGCUGAAAUAAGUGAUUCUCUUGGCGAUGUGUCCUAAUUGUACGCAUUCCUACCAUAUUCAUUUUUUAAUAUAAAGUUCAGUUUUUCAAGAAUCAUUUCGUUCUCAUUUUACAAUUUUCCUAUUAUGAUUUAUAUAUGGGAUUUACAUUUUGCUCUCAUUGUACGUGCAUCAAUUAAAUACUUGUCAUAUAUAUACUUGAAAGCAUUAAACGUGG